AUGCCGACCAUCCUUGCGGGGAGCAACAAGGACCUCCCUAACCACCCGCACACGCUGCUACAGCUCGCCAAGGCUAAGCAAGAAGGGCGGCAAGUGGACUACGACCGGUUGCGGCCGGUGUCGUACUCGGAGACGGCCGUGCUCCUGACGCGCUUCAGCAUCGACUCGCCCGACUCCCUGGAGAACAACCCGGAGUCGGGGAGGCCGGAGGUGCUCCGUUUCUGCCCCAGCAUGCCGAACAUCCUUGCGGGGAGCAACAAGGACCUCCCUAACCACCCGCACACGCUGCUCCAGCUCGCCAAGGCUAAGCAAGAGGGGCGGCAAGUGGACUACGACCGGUUGCGGCCGGUUGUCGUACUCGGAGACGGCCGUGCUCCUGACGCGCUUCAACAUCGACUCGCCCGACUCCCUGGAGAACAACCCGGAGUCGGGGAGGCCGGAGGUACGCCGCUUCUGCCCCAGCGUGCCUAUCAUCCUUGCAGGGAAGACGGAGAACCUGCCCAACAACCCCAACACGUGCUCGAGCUUGCCAUGGUCAACUGA